AUGCAGGAUGAGGGCGGAGGAAGAGACCUUGUCAGCGCACAAACCCAGGCUCCUUUGUCGCUUGGCGGUGUUUGCCCCCACGAUGAUUACGGACCUCAUGUAUCACUGUACGAGCCCGCUUUCGCCGAGGCAUGGGAGUCGCUCAACGAAGCCACCAACAAUCCGACCGCUUUCAAGCCUUCCGACGACUUUGACAUGGUGUCCUUCAUGGCGCGCCUGAAGACCGCCGUCAAUGACCCCCGGCACAAGCUGGAGCCCGAGUACUCAAACACUGUCUCGGGCCUUCUCGCCCAAUUAUUCGACCAACCCUUGUUCGACUCGAAACACGUCUACCGCCAGGACAAGAAGAACGACAGGAGAAUAUUGACCGAGAUUGACCAUACCGCAACUUGCCCCGUUGCUAACGGGUUUGAAGUCCCCUAUGUCAUUGUGGAAGACAAGCUCCUGAACGGGCCUGCAGACGUGCAGUCGGUCUCCACGUAUCAACACCUCUACGGGGCGGUGAACCAGGCCUACGACUCCAUCCGCUACUCCUCUUGCUGUCCAUGCUUGCUCGUGGGGAUGGUCGGGACCAUUAUGACCUUCCGUGCGGUAUAUGCCACCGACAUAGUUCAUUCCGACCUCCUCUGGGUCUUGGGGCUACCCUGUGGGUCUUCGGCAGGAGUAGAUGCGAUCGCGAAACAGCUGCACGUCUUCCGACAGCUCGCGCGGGACCUGCGCAGGUCAUAUGCCAAGCUGCAUAUCGGCGCACCUACUGGUCGGGCGAUCUUCCUGGCGACUUACGGUGAAGGUGCUGCAACUACCGUGUACGUAAAGUUCGUCUCAGGGCCCUACGGCGCCGAAGCGCAGGAGCGUCUCGCAGAAGCGGGAUUCGCCCCGAAGCUACUUUUCUUUUGCAAGCUCAAGGGCGGCUUGUCAAUGGUUAUCAUGGAAGCUGUUCCCGGCGGCGAUCUUACAGAAGAGCGCCUUCAGUCACCGCAAGUCAUGGACGAUGUCUCCCGAGCCAUCGAGGAGCUGCACAGGCACAACCUCGUGUUCGGCGACCUUCGCGCACCGAAUGUCGUUGUGGCCGACAAGGAAAUGGCGAACAGCUUCCGACCAGGCGGCGCGUAUCUUGUUGACUUCGACUGGGCUGGGAGGGACGGGACGGCUCGCUUUCCGUACAAUCUCAACACCUCGAUUGCUUGGCCAGACGGUGUCACUCCAGGCUCUGUCAUCACCAAGGACCAUGAUCUGGCGAUGCUUGAGACGCUCCGCAGCAAGAUGGAGACAGACGUAAGGUCUGAUGGGAUGCGCGAGGAGACCGGUUCGUCGGUGUACUGGUGCGAGUGAGCGUAGCGUCAGCGAGGUCGGAAACACACGGCUGGGAAGUCAAUAGUCGGACGCGGACACAAAGGUACUCAGGCAACGUCCUUUCAUCAAAGCUUAGGCCUACAGCCCUCAAAUUGUACUGUAUCAAUACAUCAAUUGAUAUUCGAUCUCCAGGCUACCACCAUCUAUGCUCAGCGCUCAGCUGACAACUGUCUCGGGCGAGCAUAAGCAGGAAGGGGUGGGACGAAAUGUGAGCGAAG